UUCGUCAGCGCGUAACAAGAAACCUUAACACGUGAAGAUUCUAGAAAUCAGAAAUAUUUAUAGAUCAAGUGACUUACCCGGACUUUACAUGUUACCAGAGAGUCAGACCAGCUUUAUUUGAUGCUAUGACGUCAUCGGCAACUAUUACCACUGAAAGGAUAUUCAAUCAGACUAUGAAAGUUCCAUUUCACUUCAGCAUCAACGAUGCCAAGACAAUUCUACAGCAAGAAGCAGAAUCAAAAUGGUUUACUCCCACAGCUGAAAUGUUCUUCAUUUUUUCCUAUUCUGUUCUAAUAUGUUUUGGCUCAGUUGGCAAUUCCUUGGUUUGCUACAUUGUGAUGCGUAGCCCAGGGAUGCGAACAGCCCGUAACAUGUUCAUCUUUAAUCUGGCAAUAUCAGAUUUAAGUCUAUGUUUAUUUACACAGUCCUUGAAUUUAUACCGUACUUUGAAUAACCAGUGGAAGCUUGGUGCUUUCAUGUGUAAAUUUGGUUCUUUAUUCCAGGGAAUUAAUAUAUUUGUGUCCACCAGCAGCAUUAUGGCCAUUGCUCUGUAUCGUUUCCAGGUAAUUGUACAUCCGACAAUUUCUGGUGUAAGGUGGCGCUUAAGAGUUACAGUUGCACUUGUUGCGAUAUGGGUGGUGUCAUUUUUGUUAGCCAGCCCGCUGUUAGUGUUCACUAUUCACAAAUCUUCUCAACCAAUAGAACAAGUAGAUAUAUACCUUUAUCAUUGCAUUGAAGAUGUGAGAUUAAGACUUGAAAAGGGUGCAUAUUCUGUGGCUUCACUGAUAUUUCAGUAUCUCGGCCCAGGCAUUAUAGUAAUUUUAGCACACACAAAGAUUUUCAGCAAGCUAAAUUACCGAAUUGUUAAUCGAAGUCAGAUGACUCCAGCUCUACACAAUUCGUGUGGUUAUAAAUCUCAGGAGCGUAAAGCUAAACGAAAAAGAAAAACUAAAAUUUUACUAACAACUAUAGCCGUUGUGUUUGCCUUGAGUUGGUUACCUCUAAAUGUAUUCAACAUUCUUAUUGAUUUUAAAGGAUCAGCAUUUAUACACAAAAACAUUGACGUCAAUUUGACGUUUGGAAUAUGUCAUUUGCUUGUGCUCAGCUCCGCUUGUACGAACCCGGUAUUAUACGGCUGGUUGAAUGAAAAUUUUCGCCGAGAAUUUUUCAGUAUUUUGUCAUGUUGUAUCUGCGCAUCAAAUUUCAGAAAACGGUUACGUUCUCUAAGAGCCACCACGCGGGCUGACGAUGAUCAUGAGAUUGCUGUUUACCAGCAGUCGGAUUACCCGGGUGAACAGUCGAUUCCAAAAGAUCGAUAUCUUCACAAGUCGUUACCAGUUGAAAUAGGAACUCCUGCGACAUAUCAAGUAACAGCAUCUGUAAAGAAUGAAUAUUAAAAUAAGCCUGAUUAGUGACCAGUCUCUAUAAAAAUAUUUUCCGUGUAUUAGAUUUAGAAUCACUAGAAUCUGGAUGGAUAAAUAGCCACAGAAAUUUUAGAAGAGAUUCCCAAAUAAAGUUAUACUAUAAAACUUAUGAUUUGUGCUAUGGAGCAACUAUUUCUUCACUGAUAACCAAGAAUAUCCUCAAAUAAAAAAGAAGGCACCUGGGCACGAACGUUGCUACCACAUAGCAAUACUAGUGAUGGAAAUCCUUUUAGAAAAUCGUUAAUAUUUCCUCUGAGAAUACAUUUGAUUAGAAUUUCCAAACCUAUUGAAAGGAAACUGGAAAAGAUUCUUGGGUGACUGCUUCAUAUCUUGGAAGAGAAGUAGGGAAAACUUUACAAGGUCUUUGAAUUAAUGUAAGAGCAUUCAUGAAUCUUUCCAGUUCACUCAGGAAAUAAAUGAAAGAACUCCCUAUAGAGACAUGCUAAAAAUGAAGGAAAAGAAGAUUGUUACAACCGUUCUCUAUUGUAAGGGCACGGCCAUACGCAGAUAUUUAUAUUUUAGCUCUUGCUUCAUAUGCUUUAUUAAAAGGAACAUUCCAUUUACUACAGCAAAACAUGUUUUCUACAUAUACGGACACAAAUAAGCGAAAGAAACGUCUGGUACAACUAAGUACGAUACCUCAGAAACAAAAAUACUUACAAAGCCUGGUAAAUCAUGUCAUAAUCAAGGCGAAAGAGAACUCAAUCUCUUACAGAAAGAGAAACCCUCACAAUUAGGAUGAAGAAUAAAAACAAAAACAUAUUAUAAUCGGUCAAAUGUUAAAUUACAAUCUCUCGUCUAACACUGAAUAUUAAAGAGUCCUAGCAAAAGAGAAUUUUUUACUACAAGAAAUGCAGGUAACAAAAUGUGCCGAUAUUCAUUGUGGAACUUGUGAAAUAAGUGAUCAGGGGACAACCAAAACAUUUAAGAGUGGGAAAAAAAUGAAGUUUAAGGUAAAUAUGAAUUGCAAAAUAAAAAUCUCAUUUGAUGCAUCACGCACCUAAAAAGUCAAUGAGAAUUAUAUCGGACAAACAGAAUCAACAUUAAUAUACCGGAUUAGGAUACAUAAGCAACGCAUCAGUAGCUAUCAUAUACAGA